AUGCCGUCCGCUAGCAGUCUUCCAUCCGCCACCACAUUAGGCCGGGCACUGGUCCAAGAUGCUCGUCUGUUCAGACCCUCGGCCCUGCGACCCAUUACUGCUACUGCGUUCGCCCCUCUUAGGAACAAUCCCACUCUAUCUCGUCGCCCCGCCAUCUUCCGCGCAGGACAGCGUCGUCCCUUCUCCCUCACAUCACCCACACGCCUCGCUACGCCCGACGACUCCUUUAACCCUGCCGACAUUGAGAGGGAAAGUGACCAGGUCGAUGUUUGCAUCGUCGGAGGCGGUCCUGCUGGUCUCAGUGCUGCCAUUCGUCUAAAGCAGCUGGCGAACGAUGCUGGCAACGACGACUUCCGUGUCUUGCUGCUGGAAAAGGCUGGCGAAUUGGGUGACCAUAUUGUGUCUGGCAAUGUUGUCGAGCCCUCCGCUCUGGACGAGCUACUUCCCGAUUGGAAUUCCCCGGAUAACCCCAACCGCUACGAGCAUAUCACAGCCGCCACCACAGACCGUAUGCGUUUCCUCACAAAGUCCUACUCAAUACCCAUCCCCGCCCCACCACAAAUGAACAACCAUGGCAACUACAUCAUUUCCCUCAACCAAUUCACCAAAUGGCUAGGAGAAAGAGCAGAGGAGAUUGGCGUCGAAAUCUACCCUGGAUUUGCUGCCUCCGAAGUACUAUACAACUCCGACGGUUCGGUAAAAGGUGUCGCCACAAACGACCUUGGCAUCGGUCGAAAUGGCAAACCCAAGGACUCUUUUGAGCGCGGUAUGGAGUUUCAUGCUCGCGUUACCCUCCUCGGUGAGGGAUGUCACGGCAGUCUGACCAAACAAGUCACCAAGAAAUUCGAUUUGAGGAGGGAUAGUCAGCCCCAAACCUACGGUCUUGGUAUCAAGGAAGUCUGGGAGAUUGAUCCUGAAAAGUUCGAGAAGGGUUUGGUCGUCCACUCCAUGGGCUAUCCCUUGCCUGCUGAUACAUAUGGUGGUGGCUGGAUGUACCAUUUCGGCGACAACCUCGUCAGUAUCGGCCUGGUCGUUGGUCUCGACUACCCGAAUCCCUGGUUGGCUCCUUACGGCGAGUUCCAGAAGAUGAAGCACCACCCUAUGUACAGCAAAUAUCUGGAAGGUGGUAAGUGCAUAUCUUACGGUGCUCGUACACUGAACGAGGGUGGCUUCCAGUCCAUCCCCAAAUGCGCAUUCCCUGGUGGCGCCCUAAUUGGUGACACUGCUGGCUUCCUCAAUGUACCUAAGAUCAAGGGUACUCAUACCGCUAUGCGUUCGGGUAUGCUUGCCGCCGAAGCUGCCUAUUCUGCCUUGCGCGAAUCAGACGAUUCAAGUCCUGUAUUCUUGUACGACUACGAAGACAAGCUGCGCUCCUCGUCUAUUUGGAAGGAAUUGAAGGAGGUCCGGAAUAUGCGACCUUCCUUCCACUCUCCAUUGAAGCUCUACGGUGGUAUCAUGUACUCUGGACUUGAAGCAUAUCUCUUCAAGGGCAGAGUGCCAUGGACGAUAAAGCACGCUGGAACUGAUCAUGGAGCUACCAAGCUUGCUGCAGACUGUUCGAAGAUCGAGUACCCCAAGCCAGACGGCAAGAUCAGCUUCGACAUCUUGACAAGUGUCAGCAGAACUGGCACUAACCACGAGGAGGAUCAACCUUGUCACUUGCACGUAGAAGAUUGGGACAAACACGCUGAGCUCGAAUAUCCCAAGUACCAAGGUGUCGAGAACAGGUUCUGCCCUGCUGGUGUGUAUGAAUAUAUCGAGGAUGAGAGCAAACCGCUCGGUGUAAGAUUCCAGAUCAACUCGCAGAACUGCGUACACUGCAAGACCUGCGAUAUUAAGGUGCCAGACCAGGAUAUCACCUGGAGAACUCCUCAGGGCGGUGAAGGUCCCAAAUACGUUAUGACUUGA